UACAUCAACAGAGUGACACUUUUUUGAUGUUUUUUGUAGAAAUCAUCUGGAGUGAUCUUUUGUGAUAUCAGACACUUUUUACCGAAAAAUGUCGAUGAAACUCUUAGGAAAGCUGUGUUUUGUGUGUAAGCCUAGGAUGAAUAAUUAUUUUAUAAUGAGAUCGGCUCGAACCUGGAUAACUAAUAAACAAUCCCACGUGUACAUGAGCCACAAACCUGUACUUGGAAAGAUCAGUGACGAGGCAACCGCCAAGGACUUUGCUUAUACUCUUUUACCAUCUGAACGUCAACUUUUGUACGAUGAACUCAAGAAAACGAUGGAAGAGAAGGAGAAUACCCAAGAUGCCACUCCUCCUUCAACUGCCCAGCUUGUGACAGCAUUUCAAUGUGGGUUCUGGCCCUUCAUAGGAUUUGGAUUUUUUGACAACUGUAUAAUGAUUUUAGCUGGUGACCUGAUUGAGUAUGAAUUUGGACAGAUACUUCAUAUAUCUACAAUGGCAGCUGCUGCUCUUGGUAAUUUAGUCUCGGAUGUUUGUGGAAUGUGGCUUGCUGUUCGGGUGGAAAGUUUGUGCAGAAGAUUUGGGAUCCACAUGCCUCAUCUAACCAGUACACAGCUGGAAAUGAGGAAGACAAAAAUUGUGAUGGCAUCUGGACGAGUAAUUGGUAUAACCAUUGGAUGUAUAAUAGGCAUGGCCCCACUGUUGUUCUCAUAAGGAUCCAGCCAUGGACUUGCUUGAAGUUUGUUAAAAGAUCUGUAGGUUUGAUCAAAGAAGAAAGACACAUAUCAGAUCUUGAUAGCAAGAAAAAAGCAUGGAAGUGAAUAUACAUGCAUGCAGAGUUAAUUAUAAAACCUGGAGCUGAGAUAUAGGCAUGUACUGGUACACAGAAAACUUUAUGGUACUUGUGAUUCAGUGGAGUCUUGUAGUAUGUGUAUCAGAUUAAGUGGCACCAAGCACUGGUAUUGUGCAAAUGAUAAACAUGACCAUGCUUGCCACUUAAAAGCAAAGGACAUGAUAUUUAUGGUAAGACCAGGAUUGACAGUUUGAUAAAGUGUCUUAAAUUAUAGCAAAUGAUGUACUGGUAUUAAAUUCUGCAUUUACUAUGGAUUUUUUUUGUGUUCAAAGUCUCCGGUACCAGUAUUUUGAAAUCAAGCAUGCUUUUAGUAAAAAAUGAUGAUUUAUUGUACCAAAUAUUGAACUUGAUUUUGCUGUAUGUUUGGAUUUAGUAUAUGGAUGUCUUGUUUACAUUUUGUUCAUCAUAUUUAUUUGAAAUCAGCUGUGUUAAUGGGUUGCAUCAAAGGGAUCAGUAUAAGUACUGAUAUUUAUAUUCAUGUAUGUAUCUUUUCAACUUAAUUUCCAAAAUGUCUUUUAUUUGAGCUUUGAUAUAUUAUUACAUUGUAUCGUUCGUUAAGUACAGUUGAUUCCUUAUUAAGUGUAAGGAAUUAAUAUCUGUGUAAAAUCACGAGAAACAAAUGUCAAAGAAUUUAAAAUCUUGCUGUUAUUUUUCAGACAGUUUUGCACUAUAUGAAAUUCAAACAAAAAAUUGGUGCCUGCAAUUUUAUAUUCAUGCAAAUGAAUACAAAAUGGGGGAAUUGAUGAAUUAAGUACUCCUGUUAAUUAAGGAAUUUACAGUAACCUUUGGUGUAUGGGUAAUUGCAAUUAGUUCUGAGUAAGACAAAGUUACAUAAUACAAUUGUUUUGUAAAUAUAGAUGUGCUACCGUUUAAGUCAAGAGAUAUUAUAUAAGAGUUGCUGAGUGUGUACUUGUUGUAUGCAUUGAGUUUGUAUUCAUAUAUAGUUAUGUCAUUGUUGAUAUUUGCCUUGUAUCUUGUUAAUUUUCCCUUGUCUUUCAUUUCUUUUUUUUUUCUUUUUUGUUUUUGGUGUGCCUUAGUCUUUAUGUGAUAAUUACAUGUACACUAUAUACGGUAUUACCGGUAUAUAUAGAUAUUUGUUUUAAUGGUACUGGGUAAGAGUUUUAUUGAGGAAUGUGUGUGUAUCAAGGGGAACAACUCCUGACUUCCCUAGAGAAAUGAGAUAUACAGUAUGUUAAAAUUAAGGUAACUAGAAUUAGAUGAAAUGUAAUUUACCUAUUUGUUAUGUAUGUACAAUGUAUAUUUUAUAACUAUGUUCUUGUUUCUACAAAAUCUUAUAGUUGAUUCAAUUGUGUACCUCUGUGAACCUACCAUUGUGUCUACCUCUAGGUUACAGUAAAUUGUAUGGGUACUGUAAGAUCGCAAUAUGAUUUGUAGGAAAUUAUUGGAACUGUAUUGGUUUCAUAAUCUGCUUAAAUUUUUUAAUGACAUGGCAAAUGCAAAAUAUAACUAAACUAAGUUUUAUUUAUGUUAUGUGGAUGUUUACAAUUCAAUUUAUGCAAUCUGACCGAGCAAAAUUUACCAAUGAGCUUUAUAGUAUUACAUACAGGGUUUUGAAUCUGUACUUGAAGAUAUGCUAUUUAUACAUUUAGUACAUAUCCUUUGGUGCCAUAUUUAUAUGUACAUCUUGAACAUUUCUUCUUUUAAUCUUUUUCAUAAGUUUCAGACACACCAUUUUGUCUCAUUUUAAAACAAAUGAUCAAUGUAUGGUACUAUCAUUUAUUAACCCGCAAACAGGAAAUAUACAAUCACUCCCUGUAACCUUUACACAUAUUUAAUUAACAGUAAGAAAAUUAUUAUGAUUCUUGGAAGUGUAAAAUUAAUCUUUUCUUUAAACACAUGUCAGAGAUAUCUAUCCCUCUGAUUCAUAAUUAUGUCACUCAAAGCAAAUGAACCUUGGCAAAAUGUUUAAUGCAUACUGUCUUUUUAUCGGUAUUCAUUGAAUACCAGUUUUCAUGGUUGUCGUAGCUGAGUUGAUCCACGAAAUUAAAUGUUUAUUGAUAUGCAAUAUCUAAUAACAUAUUAUAUUGAUAAAAUCAUUGGCCACAAAUGAAUGUAUCCUUGUAUUUUCAUGAAAUUGAUGUUCACGUAUAAUGGUGACACCACAGUUUUUCAAUUAGAACAUUAAUCAACACCUACACAUUUAAAUUUACAUAAAGUUCUUCUGAUCGUAACAGGCUUUAGUUUUCAUAAUGCAUUGUACUUUGUAAAUGCUGCAUUUUGAUCAUAAAUUUCCUAGUACAUGUAUUUUAUCUAGUAUCAGCUGUUUAUUUGUGUGUUUUUGUGUGUAUAUCUGUAGAACAAAAUGUGUUGUGAUCAAAAUAAGACACUCCUGAAUUUCUGCAAAUUGCUGUUUGUGUCAAUACCAGUAUAUGUACUACACUUACUUAAUGUUUAUUUUAAGAUAUCAAAAAAAUAUAGAUACAUAAAUCAAAUGCUGACACAUUUUCAAAGUAGUAUUUUGAAUUGAAUUCUUUAAAUACAUUAAUCAUUAGACUCAUCUACCCAAAGAAGCCACUUUUUGAUAUUUUUUUUUUUAAAUUUCAUAUACUUGUUGAAAUUGAUCUAGUACCAGUAAGGAAAAGGUUACAAAGUUUCAAUAGUUAAUUUUUUCCCAAUAUUUGUCCCCUCUUUUUUCAAGAGGAAAUUAUUAAGUUCUUCUAUGGGAGUUGAAUUUUAAUUUCAACUUCUCUAUGCAGUUAGUCACAGAAUCAUGUGUGUACCAGCCUCUGGGAAAUGGUACAAAACUUUGGGAAUAAAUAUUAGUCUCCAAGAUCGUGAACUGAGAAUAGACUAGGAGUCAGUCAAAAAUUUCAAACAAUACUGCACCUGUUACUUUAUACCUAAAAAGGAAAUAAUUAUCUUCUAUUAGUAAUAUUGCAAGAUUUAAAGUAUACUGUUGGUAUUUUUUUUAUUGAAAAGUAAUAGGAAUGAUGUAUGUACUUAUUGUGUUCUUUAUUGUUGUAUUUGUGUUGUGGUCAUUUGAUUCCAUUGAAUUGCAACCAUUUAAGACUUAAUAGUCAUUUCAUUAAAGAGACCUUUGACUAUUGGAUUUGAUAGACUUCAGAAGAGAUCAAUGUGUUGGUUUUCAACCAGAUAUGCAAUUAUGAGAUUGUAUAUUAUUUUGCGUAUAUGUAUGUAUGCUGAGAAGAUGAUCACUAGGAAAAACAUUAAGUGAAGAUACUUGUAUCUUUAAGAUGCUAUUGUUUUGCAUAUAAUCAAUAUAUAUAGAUAUUUAUUUUGAAUUAUCCUUAUUAAAUCUACCAAAACAUC